AUGGGAGAUAAAAUGAAUGGUGAUAAAAUGAAUGAUAAAUGCAAUAUUUUUGUUAAAGUCGAUGAUGGUAAAGUCGAUGGUAGUUGUACGGAAAGCUAUAGGAGCGUUUAUGGCAGUAACGAUGAAUAUGAUUCACUGCUUAAAGAAAUUGCGAAAGAAGAAGAAGAUUUGCGCAAAUUGUCUGAUGAAAAAGGAAGUGCCCAAAUGCUAUAUCCAGAGCAAACUGAAACAGCAUGUAAUUCUAUUCAGAAAAUACUGAAAGAAAGUGAAGAAAGCGUGGAAAUUGCAAACCAAAUGUUUAAUUUCGCUUUUCAAAUUCUAGCUAAUGGCGAAAAAGCAGCACUAAUUGCUGGGAAAUGUGAUGAUUCUGUAACUGUAGAAGUUGAACAACAGUGGGGGCAACUUGAAUUUCGAGACCGAUCUCUCAAAAAAAAACUGGAAGAACAUAUGCAGAGUUAUGAGGCCAUUGCUGCAGAAUUAAAUACAAUGAAAUCACCAUUCAGUCAGUUCCAUCACGAGUCUGUUCUUGAAAAUCGCAUCAAAGCACUGGUGAACCUCAUUGGCCAGCGUGAAGAGAUGAUGAAAAAUGAUAUUUUAGGCAAGAAUCAAGAGAUAGUGUUGCAAAAAAAUAAAUUUGAUGAAAUGGUUGCCAAUCUAAAAAUUAUGGCCGAUACCGUAAAACAACUAGAAGAUGUUUUAAGGGUGACAAAACAAAAGUUUCAGAUGGAAACGGAUUCGCUCGAAGAAGAGCAGCGAAUAGAAAUGGAAAUGCAAAUUUUGAUUAAAUCGUUGGAAAGCACAUUAAACACGUUGAAUGUUGGAGAUAAAGGUGGUCCUUUGGAAUGCAGCAUAGCUGUGGAAGAUAUGAAGAUGCGAGUUGCGCAGGAUGCAGUAGAGUUCGCUGAGGAAAUUUCUGUAAUAUCGGCAAGUGUAGAGGAAUUGGAUAAUGAAUACUGUGAAUUGCAAUUAUGGUUUAAUGAUGGUGGUGAAGAAAAUACAAUUGUUAAAGAUUGGGACAAAAAAAAUAACGAAAUUAAUGAAAUGAUUUUGGAGGUUGAACGAGCAAUGGAUGAUAUUAAUCUUCAAAUUGAUGGCAUACAAGCUGAAAGCAAUUCUAUAGAAAGGAAAAAGCUUGAUUUGGAAGCAACUAAUAAAACGUUUGUGGAAAAAUAUGAAAGGGAAAAAAGUGAGCUGGAAAAAUUAAUCGAAGAGCUACGGGAAGCAAAAAACAAAUUGAGAGCUGAAAUUGAUGAAUAUACUGAUGUAAGCGAUGAUUUGGUUAAUUUAUUAGACUUUAAUGGUUCCGAUGAUGAAAAACAGCCUUUAGCUAUAUCGAACUUGAUGGAUGAUAUUGCUGUGAAAAAAAAGGACGAAAACCUAGUAUUCAGUUCCAAGCCAGGAGAUGCAAAUAAUAUUCCCUCAACCUUAAUUAAUGAUUGUACCAAGAGAUGCGAAAAAAAAGCUGAUGAAACUGGACUCAUGAAACAAAUAAAACAUUUCGAAGAAUGUCCUUCUAGUAAGAACUAUGGUAGAGGAUUACAUUUGGAAGAAUAUUUAAAGAGUGACGAAACGCUAGUAACUGAUACUUCAAUCGUGGAUACGGCGAAUAGCGUUUGUUGCACUAAUAACACGGCAUCCAUAAGCGUUGAAACAGUAGAAAAAAAAAGUAAUUUGUCAAAAGCAGUUCUCGAUUAUCGAUAUCUUCGACAAAACAAUAUGAUUAAUAAGUAUAAAAUGGUUGCCACAAUAAAAUUACCAGAAAAUUUCAUCUAUAUCUUUGAUACAAAUGUUUCAGUUGCUGCCUUCAUUUGUAAACAAAAAAAUUUUCGUGCCAUGACGAUUAGACAACAAUAUAUGUGUAAUAAAGAAUGGAUUUGUCUAUUUUUUCCAAAAGAGCAAACUUUAUUAGGAUAUUGUGGUCAUCUUGCUGAAAGACAAGGGGUUCGAUUUUUGCCUUCGACAGAGUUAAGGCUGCCAUACAAAAAUCUGAUUGUUAUUAAACAGAGAAUUGUAGUUAGAACUGACUCAACGAAUCUAAUGGAAGCUAGCCAUCGCUCAAGGCGUAAUUAG